ACUGGGGCAUUCCGGGGCGGGGGAAGGUGUUAGGGAUGGGGCGUCGGGGAAUCAGGGACUGAGGUGCCAGGAGUCAGGGCUCGCUGAUAGAGCCAGGAAAAAGUGGAGAUGUGGGCGGCCCUGUCACAGGGGGAGUUGCUGGGGGGGGGGGUGCAGGAGACGGGAGGGGGGGGAGCUCUGCGUUCGGCGCCGCCGCGUCGGCUUCCUUGAGCCUGGCUGCGGCGGCUGCCUUGCUGGGAGGCGGCGGCUGCGGGAGGAGGAGGAUGGGGUUCCCGGCGGCGGAGGGCGCGGCGGCCGAGGCACUGGGCCGGGAGGACGCGGGAGGAUGAGGAGCCGGCAGGCGGUCCGGCCGCACCGCGCCGGGAGGAGGCGGGGGAGGCGGAGGGAGGCGGCGGCGGCGGCGCCCGGGGCAGCAGCCGCGCGGGGUGUGGGCCGGCGGGGGCGCGGGCGCGGGCGCGGGCGCGGGCACGGGCGCGGACGAUGAAGUGGAGCGUCCGCGGAGCCUGCGCCGCGCUCUCCUCCGGCCUUCUGCUCGCCUGCGCGCUCAGCGCCGCCGCCGUGGGGCUCAAGUGCUUCUCUCUGGGCUCCGAGCUCCGCGGGGAGCCCUUCCGCCUGGGCACCGCCGCCGGCGCUUUCUACUCGGGACUGCUGCUGGCCGCCGGCCUGUCUCUGCUCGGCUCCGCCCUGCUUUGCUGCCGGCCCAGGGACGAGAGCCCCGCGGGGGCGGUGCUGGUCACCGGGGCCGGGCCCGGGGCUGUGCCGGGCGUGCUAGGGGGCCCGGAGGCCGAGCCCGAGAGCGGAGCUGGGGAGGCCCGGGCUGGGGCCGCGAUCCCUGGGAGCCAGAACUUCCUCCUGCUCGGAGUCUUGGUCUUUAUGCUCGGAGUCUUGAGCGCCUUCGCCGGAGCUGUGAUCGACGGCGACACUGUGUCCCUGGUGGAGCGUAAAUACUCGCAUUACUGUCUGAAGCCGCGGGCCCUAGCCCCUGCCCCAGUCCCAGCUCAGGCGCGGGCUCGCAGCCCUUUGGACAGCUCCGAGAAUGCCCCAGCGGCAGCACUGGCCCCGGCUCCAGCCCCGGCCCCGGCCCUGGCCCCGGCCCCCGCCCCCGCCCGCAGCACCCUGGACAGCUCCGCGUCGGCCCAAUGUGAGAAGCUGAAGGAUUAUCAGAGAGGCCUCGUCAUUUCCACAGUCUUCAACUCCCUCGAAUGCCUCCUGGGUUUGGUGAACCUGCUCCUCGUUAAGAACUACAAGUCGUCUCAGGCGCGACGAGGACGGCGGGGCCGGCGGAGGGGCGGCCGGGGAGGGCGGCCCCGCGGCGGCCCCGGCUCCCGCCAACACGCGCCCGCGUCCCGGCAGCAGCGGCGGGGCCGGCGGGGCAAGCGGGGUGGGCGACGGCUGCUGCAGCGGCCCAGCGAAGGCUCCCUCUUCACCCCAGACGAGGCCGACCUCUCCUCCCCUGGCCGUAGCGGCGGCGGUUGCGGUGGCGGUUGCGGUGGCGGACUCUUUCCCGGGGCACGCCACGCCGUCUCCUACAUCAACGUGGGCGUCUUCCAUGCGUUCGACGAAGCGGGCGUGGAGGUGCGCUGCGGAGGACAUCCCUCGGUGGAGCUGCCGGGCUAUUCGCCCUCGGACCCGGACCUCCAAGUCUCCUACCCUUAUUGCUGCCGGCCUCCCCAUGAGGACGUCUAUCCCCGGGACCCAAGCAGGGCCAGCUGAGGCUCACUCUCCACAGCCCACCCCAAAGACUGGCCUCUCCAAGCCCAGAUCCGUGCCGAAGAAUCCCAUUUUUCAUCGGAAGGUGGGCAGGCUGGGGGAAGGGGCGUAGAGGGCUACUGCCUCCCGCCUCAAGGGAACAAGCCAGAUCAGCUUUUCUCUUGGCAUCUUCCAGGGUAGUCCUGGUGCGUGGAACCCCAGGAACCAUCCUUUGCCCGUCCCUCCACUGGCUCCUAGCCUCAUCCCGUUGUCGGUAGCAGAGGCUCUAGCCGCUGGCCACUUCUGUGGAGUUGGAUGCCUGGGAUGGGCACCAAGAAGGGAGUACAUUUGUAUUCAAUUUUUAUGUCUGGGGACUUUCCUCCUCUCCCCUCUGUCUGUUCGAUAUCCGGAUUCCGUUUUAAAGUUUACAAUAAAUGUUUAUAGGUUGGUAUAUCCAACCACAUUUCUCUUUAGAAAAUCGUUUUGGUCAAGGGAAGUCCCGGAGGCAGCCCAGAGCUACCCGAGGGCUAAGAGCAAGGCAGACAUAGAGGGAACUCGAAGCCGCCUCAAGAAGCGUCGGACCCUCCACUGGGUAGAGGAAGAGAGGGUCUUGUGUUUGCCUGUCUGGUGGAAGCCUGCUGUGUGACUGGUUGCACCCUCACCCCAGAGUGCCGUGAGUUACACUUUGGUUGGUGGGAGGUAGAUACACAAGACAACCUGCACUUUCCAAGAUAAAAGAAAAAUGAAGAACGACAUUUUUUUUUUGUACACGAAUGUGCCUGCUUUUGUUGACAAUUUCUUACUGUAAAAGCUUUCCAGUGAAUGGUGAAAAUGUUUGGUAAAUUUAUUGCAAUUUAAUAGCAGGAGUUUCCUUACUUAAAAAAAAUUGAAAUGCUAUUGGAGAAUUCCAAUUAAGAGAGUCAAAGGCUAUCUAUCUACGCACAAUCCGGUUUAGGAAAAGAAGGUGGGAUUCAGUCAGAAAUGGAUUAUUGUGAAAGUCAUCCAGCAGGUCUGUUCAGUGGGUUAUUUGCCUGAAUCCAGCCUUUCUUUUCUUCUCUUUUUCUUUUUCAAGUUGACUGUUGUGUGUGUGUGUCUGUGUGUGUGUAGACACUGACACGAGGUCCCAUACAUUCCUCUUUUGGAAGCCAGUUCUGGGUUUUUUACUGCAACGCAGAGCUUAUUUUUGGUUAACACAGAUGAACAAUUCAAUCCUAUUUUAGACAAUUGCAGUCAGUCUUUCUUGCAAAGACCAUCUUGAAUAUUACAGCACUUGAUUUAAAAUAUACCCCUUAAAUAGCCUUAAUUGCUGUGAAAUUCAUAAUCUUAAGUGAACAGGAUAUAUAUGUAAAUGUAUGUAUAUGUAUAUUACAAAUUAUAUGUCAAUAUACAUACAGGCAGACACACACAUACGAACUCUUAAGAGAAUGUUGGCAGAAAACUAUGGUAUUCUAAUUUUGUCACCAGAUAAAAUAUCACAGGACCCCCUCCUCCCCUAUAAGAUUGGUGUGCUAAGACAGGGCUAAUGGCCUUAAAGAUAAGCCCUACCAUAUCAGACUGAUAUAAUAUGAUCUCUGGUAUUUUUGAAGAGGCAUCAUCUGACCUGAAGCAGGAUAGUGUGGAAAGAGGACUGGAUGUGGAAUCAAAGUACCUGAAGUCAGAGGACCUGGGCUCCCAUCAAAGAUCUGCUACUACUGAUUAUGUGACCUUGGGCAAGUCACCUCACCUAUGUGGACCUCAGUUUCCUCAUUUGUAAAACAAUUAACCUAGAUGACUCUUAAGGCCCCUUUCAGUUCUAAGUCCUAUGAUGCUAUUAUCCAAAGGGGACUUACUCUAGUCCCCACAGAGAAUGCUUAAUCUCUAAGUCUCCAUGCUAAUUGGCAGAAGCACAGCUAAGAUGGCAGAGGAAACCAAAAUACGAUGUGAAUCCUCAUUUGGGACCUCAUGGGGGCAAUACCAAUAGCAGUAAUUUAAAUUAAGCAAGCAAAGGGGAAAAAGUUGGGGAUUUUAUGUUUUGUGGUGCAUGGAGUUUGCUCUUUACUUUAAAAAAUAUAUUUACAAUGAAUGGAUAUUGAAGUAACAUAUAACCUGGGGAUCCUGGGAUCAGAUCAUACUUCCUGUGGAUAGCAGAAUGAUGGAUUUGGAACCAGAGGAUCUAGGUACAAAUCCCCAUUCUGCUUCUUUCUACCUGUGUGACCAUGGGUAAGUCAUAUCCCCCUCUGUGGGCCUGUUUCUUCAUCUGUAAAAGAGAGGGUUGGACUAGAAGACCUCUAAAGGAUGCUUCUAACUUUCAAUCUUCUCAAAUUGGGGCCAUCUUUGUUCAAAGAUUAGGUCAGCUUGGAUGCCCCCUGCUGGUGACAUUUGUUUGCUCCAUGUUAUAUUCCAUCAGAGUAUCAUCAUGGUCUGUCCAUGUCAGAGACCUGGAAAUGCUGUUCCUACAACAAUGGAGGUGGUCUUGGUGAAUCAGAUAGUUCAUUAACUAUGGAAGCCAAACAGGAAAUUGAGAAAACACCACAAAAUUGCAGCAACUCCCCUCUGUUCCAAAGUGGUCUACAUGGCACAAAAGGAAGGAGAGCUCUGUUAUUUACUGAUUCACUUGAUCAUAUAGGUAGAUGAGCAUAUUAAUGCAGACCAAUUGGAAUUAAGCUGAUCUCUGGCUGUCAGCCAAUAUCCAUCACAUUCAUAAGCUCAUUGGGUCAGUAUCCAUUUAGUAUUUUAGAGAUGCACACAAAAAAGAUGGAAGCAUUUGGUUUGUGGAAUUCAUCAAAUAUAGAUUCAAAUUUAUACUUCAUUUUGCUUGCAUGGACAGUAAAUGACUCAUAUCCUCCAGCCAUGUCUAUAUACUUAUUGUAUAUCCACCUUCUUGUUCACAUUGGUUAUGCCUUGCAUACAAAAAUCCGAUGUAACAAGCAAUUAUAAAGUACUUAUUAUGUGCAAGGCUCUGUGUUAGGUGCUGGGGAUACAAAGACAAUUUAAAAAGCCCACAGGGAGCUUAUAUUCUAUGGGGUAAACACAACCUAGAAAAGAAGGUAAGACCUUUGAUUCUGUUAGUAUAGGUAACUCACAGAUACAGAAACUCCUGCUACUAAUGCAGGUCAGCACGCUUUCUGUCACUUAUGGUCUUAGGACUCAAAAUGAAAACUUAUAAAAAUACACCAGUGGAUGUGGGAUUUCCUUGAUGUGAUUAUUCCCUCCAAACAGGAGGUUCAUCACCCAUCCCUGACUCUCCUGUCCUCCCAAAAGUUCAACACAAAAGAUUCAGUCAAUGUGCUGGGAGCCUUCAUCAACUUUAGUUAAAAGAAUGAGGAUUUCAAUGAACCACACAUGGAUAGGCUCGGUUUCAUAAAUUUAAGGAUUGGUAGCCAUAGAAUGUAAGCUUCUUGAGGAUAAGGCCCAUUUCCUUCCCCCCUGUAUUUCCAGCUAACUGCAACAGUGCCUGGCACAUAGUAGGCACUUAAUAAAUGCUUGUUGAAUUGGAUUAUGGUUCCACAGCACCAAAUAAGUAUAGACUCUCUGCCUUGGUCAAGUUCACACAACACAAAGUGGCAGUAGGGGUGGGGUACAACAUGGAACUGGCAAUCACCCAGUUGAUGUGCUCAGUUUAACAGUUAAUCUAGAGAGUGUCAGGGCCAAAAUGGAUGAUUUCACCAUACUCUUGGGUCAGCUAGAGAUCACACAUUGGAUGAUUGCUGGAAUUCCCUUGUUUUUUGUGCUCUGUAGACCCUUAUUAGACUUGGCAGAGUUUAGAUUUGAUAUUUAGUUGUAAGAUAAUCAUUUCCUAAUAUAAAAUUUCCCUCAUCCUUCCUGGGAAAAAUUGGUAUGAAGUGGAGAAAAGUCCAAUUUUUGGAAAGGUUGCUGAAUUGAGCUUGGACCCAGUGACUCAAAGAAUCCAUGUAGGAUUAACAUAAAAUGCUAAAUCUCAGUGUUUUGUUUUCUUUUUUGAUGUGCACAAUUUGUAUAACCUAAACUUGUCAAAUGCCUUAUGAAUCUUUCCAAGUUUGCAAUCAAAAUAUGUAAACUCAUUUUUUCAGUCUUUUCUUAGGAUAGCACACAUGUAUUUUUGGUUUACCAAUUAUCUCCAAACUUUGGUGGCCCAAAACUUUGGACAUGGCUGAUUUUCCCCUCUUAGCUCCAGAAACUGAAGUGAUAAAGGGGUUCCCAUAUGGCCCUCAAUGAUAGGGGCCUAACCACUAUAAUUUGUAGGCAAGUUAAAGAGAUUAAAUAGAACAGGCUCUCUACUUCAGUCUUUACAAGUAUGCUGGCAAAACCUGGGGUCAGUAGCUUUUACAUAUGAAAGUCCUGAUGGAUCUCUAAGUGGAAGGGAGAAGACAGAAAGAGGAGCUUAAGAGAUUGUCUGGGUUGUCCUUUCCUCUCUGGAUCUAAGAGAAAUUUAGUUCAGACAAGUCCAUGGGGCUAAUAGAGCCAACUAACACUUUAACGGGAAAUUUCAGUUCCAUGAACACCUAUUUCUAUUUUUUGAAGGCUGAUAUAGGAUCAGAAUAUCACCUUUUUUUCUUUUUUUAAGUUUUGCUCUGAGAAUCAAAUUUCCAAAUGUUCUGAUACUCAAAUUAUUCCAAAGACCAGUGCUCAGGGAAACCCCAUGGGAAAGGAUGAAAUCGGUCUGUUCUCAAUGGUUAGAAUUCUAGUUCCAGAUUUCAUAGAUGCCAAUUUUUUUUUAUUCAUGUCCAUUCUGCUCUGUUAUUUUUUCAGUCUGCUAUUAAGAAUCUUCACUUUAUGUUAAUCCAGUUAAUGAUAUCAGGAUUGUUACUUUUCUCCAAAUGGGCCUUUUUUCCUGUCACUUUUCCAGAAAUUUGUGAUAGCAAUGAAAGAUACAGAACUAUAUGAGACAUGUAUUAUCAAGUAUUUAUUGCAUAGCUCAUCAUUUAUAAAUUAGUAUUUUUAACCUUCAUGCUGUGGUUUGAGGCAGGGGUAAUAUUUCUCAGUUCAAAUUCAUAUGUUAUUUAUUCAACUAUGGAACAGCUGAAUUAGGGUAACAGGUAUGUUAUAUACAGACUUGGGAAAGUAAAUGUCAAAAAAGCCAGGCUGUUACAAAAUAUUGGUCAAAGAGAACAUCUGUGGCCUGAGACCCCUGGCAGUGCAGUAACCCCUUGAAGCUACUGGGGAACCAUUUCCAAUGAAACAGUGUUGAUGUAGGCAAUGGGUAUAUUUUGUUGCUUUUUUGACUGAAAAAAAAAAUCAGCUAAACUACCAGUUAUUUAAUUUAAAAAACCAAAGUGAUUGCCUAUUCAGUGUCAUGUACACCAAACAAGGUUAGCUGAUUGGAUCUCUGUCCUACCCUCAUUAAUUAGUGUCUCAAUGUUGUGUUGACAGUCAAGUGGUAAUUUAGUGGCCCAACAGGCCUGGCUGUGAUUUUUGUUACUCCUAGAAAUAUCAAGGAAUAUCUAUCACCACAUUCUAGUCAUUUGGGGUUCCAGGAUAAGGAUCCAAUGUAUUUACACCUUCUAGUUGUACUACUUUUCUGACCUGUAGAUUGGAGGCUAUAGUGUCUUAACAUGGAGUAAAGGAAGCCUCCAAAGGGGUCCACAUUGGGGGAGAAGGCCAUUUUCUCCAUGGAAGGAGUUUAGAGAGUAAUGAGCCUCUAGAUCUUGGAGAAUACGGUAGAACUGAGCAAAAAGUAACUUAGACGCUUAGUCUUUGGAACCCCUUCUAAUUACCAAAAUGUUGGAACACUUGUGCUAAAAGUGUCUAUACAAACUGCCAUACCCAACUGGAAGCAGGCUGCCGGGAUGAGAAUUAACCAUGUCCAGAACAAGGUGGAGUUGAGAUUUGGCAAUUAUGUAUCUGGUUCAUCUGACCAGAGGAGACCCAGCCAUGACAUAACUGUAACCUUGUUGAGAUGCCAUCUUUCUUCUUUGUUCAGCUCUAUUCUUGAGGGAAUUGGUUAAUGGAUGCACAUUUUUCGUGCUGUCCUUUGGUGCUGUCCGGUUAUUGUUGGCCAGAAAAAAGGAUUUCUUUCAUCAUAUAACACAGUAAGACCUGAGAAAAUGAAUAUGCCACAGAGACUUGAAUGAAUUACUUCUGACAUGUGAAUAAGGAUACAUCAUUUCUAUAUCUCUGUACCUAUUUUUUAUAUGAGGGGAAAGGCUCCAGCCUGUUGCCAAUUGAUAUUAUUCCCAUACACUCCAAUAUAUUCACCUGGUUCUGGUUUUUUUUGUUUUGUUUUGUUUUGUAUUGUACAAAACACCUAUAAAGCUGGGGUGGGGUGGGGAGAGUCAUUCAGUUUGGGAAUAAAUGGUAUUAAAAGAUCAUGAUUCUUUAACACA